GAUUUUGAUUUUCCUCUUCCCACUUCUUCUUCAAUCUUCCCCAUGAUUUUGAUUCUUUGAUUUUCCUUUCUGUCUAUAAAUUUCCCACUGCCUCCAUGAUUUAGGGUUUCCCAAUUUCCUCAAUUUCGUCUCUCUUUUUUCAAUCCUGUGUCCUCUGCCCCUCUUCCUCUUCAAACCUUCCACUUCUGCGUGGGGAGGGCUUUGAAGAAGAUUUAGUGCUGCUGAGGCGGAAGGAUUCUUGUUGUUCUCUGUGUUGAUCUGACUGACAUUUUGAGCAUUGGGGUUGUCGGAGAUCUCCCUGGAUUUGUGUCUUUAUGGAUUUUGAAAGCGAAUGUUCGGCUCUUGAAUCCGUGGAAGAUAAUGAAGUGAACCAGGAAACUACCCCCUUUGAUGAUGUCAGCCGAAUCAGGAUCAAUGGCACUUGUGCUAAUGAUGCUGAUACUGCUUUUGAUGCCAUCGAAUCGAUUCCUGGUGCUGCUAAGGGAAGAGAUUUUAAGAGCGGAGAACCUCUGAAUUCCCCUCCUUCGAUAACCCAAUCGCCACCCAAGAGUCCCUCUCCGGUAACAAAAGGUUAUGGAUUGAAGAAAUGGAAGCGUAUCCGUAGGAAGUUUGUAAAGGAUAUGAAUGCCAGUGAAGAUACUAGUAAAAUUUUGAAGCGGGCGCUGUCCAAUUCUGAAAACCCAACCAAGCCUCAACUUUCUCCGCCUGAGACCAAGCAAAAUAAUGAAGGUUCUGUUGGAUCUGCAAACCCGUUGAGGAAUAUCGGAAAUGUCGACAACUUGCCUUUCCAUGGUUCUAGCUCCAAUUCUAGAUUUGCUGUGGGGUCUGCUUUUAAUCCUGGCACAGAUUCUGAAAACAGCGAGGAUCGGAGCAGCAAAUCUUCCACAGCAGCCAGUGCUCCGAAGGGGAGGUACGAUGCUGUUUCCGGACAUGUGCGGGAUAAGAACAUGAUAAAGAGCAUCAGUGGAAAAAACAUAGGUAGUUCUGGUCAAAAGGGUCAUCUGGGAAAGACACGUAUUGAAGGUAGUAAAAAAGCAAGAGGAGAAAGGAUCAAAGUUGAGAAGGAGAACUCCCAGUCUAGCAUCGAGUCCGACUCAAGGAGCUCCUGCUUCGUGUUUAAGCAGGGCACUCUUGCUGCUGCUGCUACUAAUGGAAACCAAAAUGAAAGGUCUAUAACAGACGAUGGAGAUAACAGCGACGGAGCUUAUGCAGGCGAUCAACCGUUUAGCGAAGAAGCUGAAACUACAUAUAGAAAAGAGGAGGUAGAAGCUGAAGACGUUACUGACAAUUUAGCUGCAGACUUGCCUUGGGAAGUUAAGGAAGAAAAAGAUAGGAAUCACUGGUCACCCUUGAAUAAGGAUCCCAUGGAUGAGUCUAUUCUCAGUCUCCAGUCUGCACAACAUGCGCUUGAAAAAGAAAUCAAGAAACUAGGGGAGAUUGGGAAGGACGAGAUACCAUCUUCCAGCGUAAUCAAUGAUGCCGAAGCUUCAAAUUUUUCUUAUGACAACCCAGAAACACAUAAAUCAAGUUCAUCUUCACAAAUGGGCUCUGGGAAGGCUGCUUCAAGUUCCUUCGAAGCCACAGUUCUGGGUUUGACAGGAAAGGUAAAAUUUUUGGAGAACAGAUUAGAAGAGACAAUGGCCACACUCAAAUCGAAGGAAUCCCGAGUCGCUGAGUUGGAAUCCUCCAUGAACAAUACCAAGCCACGGGAUGAAAAAGUUACGGAAAUAGAGGAUGAGUUCGAGAGGUUUUUUAGGCAAAGACUUGAAGCAGAAAUUGAAUACUUGGCAAUAUCAAGAGCCAUCGAGAAGUUAAAAUGUGGAUCUAUUGUAAUUGAUGACCAAAAAAAUUUGGCUGAUGAGCAAGUACAGAUGAUGAACAGACUUAGAGAAGCUGAAAGUAAAGCUACGACGCUCAAGAAACGAGCCGAGGGGUUAGAAAAAUACUGUGGCGACGUAAUGGAGACGGAAGAGAUUUUGACGACUCGUGGGGAAGUAUUCAAGGUCAGUUCUUGUGCGUUUCUGCAGUUGAUACUCUUGAUCCUCGUUCUCUGGCUUCUUGUCUUGCAAAUGCCUUCACCUACAGGACUAGUUGUACCAACAUAAGUAAGCCUAGAAAGGAGAUACAUAUUUUGUGAAUUGAACAGUGUUUAAGCUAAAAUGGUUUCAUUCCCUUUUAUCAUUUUGCAUAGAGAAAAAAAAAAGAGGAGGAAGGGGCAGGUAGGAACCAGUUGUAAGUUGUUUAAUGGGGGAUUUUUCUUUUCCUUUUGUUUCUUCUUGUAACUGUUGUAGUCCUGAUUUUUGAUAGACAAUUGAUAGAGCAUCUAAAGGUUGCAAGCUCUCGAUGGAUCGCAUAUGGUAUAAUCAAACCCGGGAUUAUAUAUUUAUGUCAUUAGUUGCAAUCUUUGAUGACUGAA